AUGGCGCAACUCUCGCCAAAUCCUUCCAAUCUCGGCUCGCCUUAUCCAUACCUCAGAGAGCUGAAAUCCGAAGAGAGGGGUUUAUACUUGAUCCAUUUGCUGCUCACUUGUGCAAAUCACGUAGCAACAGGCAGCCUGGAGAGCGCCGAGGUAGCACUCGGCCAGAUCUCUCAAUUAUCGGCACCGGACGGCGACACCAUGCAGCGCAUUGCAGCUUACUUCACCGAAGCUCUCGCCGAGAGGAUCAUCAAAGCUUGGCCUGGAGUUCACAGGGCACUCAAUGCUACCAAAAUCAAAAUCCCUUCAGAGGAAACGAUGGUCAGGAGUCUCUUCUACGAGAUGUUCCCGUUCUUGAAGGUCGCGUUCGUGGUUACUAACCAGGCAAUUCUGGAGGCUAUGGAAGGUGAGAAAAUGGUGCAUGUCAUCGAUCUCAAUGCGUCCGAGCCUUCGCAGUGGAUUGCGCUCCUUCAAGCUUUGAGUGGGCGGGCUGAAGGUCCUCCGCAUUUGAGGAUUACAGGGAUUCAUCAGCAGAGAGAGGUACUGGAUCGAAUGAGUCACAAGCUGGUUGAGGAAGCAGAGAGAUUGGACAUUCCAUUCCAGUUCAACCCCAUUGUUGUUAGUGGCGGGUUGGAGAAUCUCGAUCCGGAGAAGCUUCGUGUGAAAACAGGGGAGGCUCUGGCGAUAAGCUCUGUUCUCCAGCUGCAUCCUUUCCUUGCCUCCCACAAGAACCCGAAUUCGAGGUUGCUUCAGAGGCAAGGCACGUUGGGGGAGCUGUUGCUUGAUCAGAAAGACAAUAGCUUUGAUUCAGCCUCGUCGUCAUCAUCACCACCAAUUGGUUCUCCUUCUUCUUCGCAAGGGAAGAUGGAUUGGUUUCUGAACGUGCUGUGGGGUUUAUCGCCUAAGGUUAUGGUGGUGACAGAGCAAGACUCGAACCAUAACGGAGCCACGCUCAUGGAGAGGCUUCUCGAGGCACUGUAUUCUUAUGCAGCUUUGUUUGAUUGCUUGGAAUCAACGGUGCCAAGGAGCUCGAUCGAGAGGCUGAAGGUGGAGAAGAUGAUGUUUGGCGAGGAGAUCAAGAACAUUGUGGCAUGUGAAGGAGGGGAGAGGAAGGAAAGGCACGAGAAGCUCGAGAAGUGGAUUCAUAGGAUUGAGAUGGCUGGUUUUGUUAAUCUUGGUUUGAGCUAUUAUGGGAUGUUGCAGGGUAAGGGUUUGCUGGAGAGCUAUGGAUGUGAUGGGUAUAGGAUGAAGGAAGAGAAUGGCUGUGCUGUGAUUUGUUGGCAAGAUAGGCCGCUUUACUCUGUCUCUUCAUGGAGGUGUAGGAAGUAG